AACACAACAUAUCAUUGGAGAUUUAUAAUUUGGAACCUUAAAUCUUUAUUAUGAUAUUUUAGUACCUGAACUUUUUCAAAAUUUACAUAUUGAUUCAAUGUUUGAAUGUCACUUGAUUCCAUGAAUCCAAUCUAUCAAUUCAUUUUAUCCAAAUCCACCAAUCCAUAAAUCUAAUAUACCUGUCACCUCUUCCUGUGCAGGUUACUUCGGCAACGUGAUCUUCCACACCACGCCGGUCGCUCUCGCCGGAGAGCUCGCUUCCGAGCCAAUGGAACAAACACUGGAGAGGAUCCAGCAGGCGCUGAGCAGGAUGGACGGCGAGUACCUCCGAUCCGCCAUAGACUACCUCGAAGACCCCACCAGCCCGGAAGGCAUCAGACAAGUUCCGGGGCACUGCCGGUCGCCGAACCUGUGGGUGGUGAGCUGGAUGCGGCUUCCGUCCAAGACUGCAGAUUUCGGAUGGGGAAGUUCGACUCUGUUUCACGUAGCAGAUAUCACCGAAGGAUUGGGGAUUCUGCUGCCCAGAAAUCCUGCUGACGGGAGCCUGUCUCUGGCGAUUUGCUUGGAAAGUGACGCGAUAGAGGGUUUCAAGAAGAUGUUCUAUGAGUUUGAUCCAUGAUGGGAAUUUGCAGAACGUACCUGCAGAUUAAAGAUUGCAACUUUUAGUAGAAAUUGAGCACUAGAUUUGGAGCACCAUGGUAGCAAUUAGUAGCAAGUUAAUAAAGACGCAACCUUAGCAAACACUAUUCGGCGGUGUUUGUGUUCGUGUUCUCCACAAAUUGCAACUAUGAAAUGAACCAGUGAUUUCCCUUUCACCGUGGAGCUUUACGCAUCUUCCAUAUGACUUUCAUCCCCUACAAAUUUUGUGAUAGAUGAAUGAAUAACCAUUCCGUGC